AUGAAGAUCAUCCCAUCUUUUGUGUUUCUACUUUUAUUUACUCAGAAGAUUCCCUGGGUAGAUGGAGAUUGUUUCUAUCAUUCCCCUACAAGACAUUGUUCUUGUUCACUCGUAGAUCUGACCAACAUCAUGAGCAUUGUGUCUUGCAUUCAGGCUUCCAGUUUUGAGUUUCAGGGUGGAAGUUUUGUGGAUACUACAGAAUAUCUUUCCUACUCAGUGGAGAUGGAACAAGUCCUUGCUAUGAUACACCUUCCAUUGACAAAGAUCAGCUUUGUAAAUGUGGAACUAUCGGAAGCCUUUUUGUCUACUUUCAUAAAAUGGGUAUUUAAGAUUCCAAUAAAUGAACUUGCAUUUGAAAAUACAACCUUUAUUGGCAAUUCUAGUUGGCAAUACAUGAAUGGAUCUUCACCUUACAUAUCAUUUUUACGUUUUAUCAAUGUGUCCUCAUACUCACUAUUGGACAGAACUGCUGAUUUUUCUUACCUUGGUGAUUGGAUUUCUAAAUUGAAAGAAAUCACUCUAGAGAAGUCUCAUUUAACAAGUAUACCAUGUAACAUCAGUUUGCUUUUCAAAACAUUGUCCUCUUUAGAUCUUUCAGAAAAUGUUCUUCAAGAUAAAGAUAUUUCUACUUCAUUUUGCCAAGGUGCUUUUCCAAAACUGGAAAUAUUAAAACUGAGACAUAACAGUUUAAUUAACUAUGAGACAAUCUGCCACACUAUAAGCGAACAACAACAAUUAAGACACUUAGAUCUUAGCCAAAAUAACAUAUUAUGCUCUUCAUCAUCUGUUUGUGAAUGGCAGCCAUCUUUAGUCCUCUUAAAUUUGUCCAAUGCUGGAAUAGAAUACCUGCAAUGCAAUUUACCCAAGAACUGUGCAAUAUUAGAUUUAAGUUAUAAUAUGCUUACUACGCUCAAUAUAUCAUUGCCAAAGUUAAAGGAACUUUUUCUGUCUUAUAAUAGAUUUUCUACCAUUUCUACAACUAGUCAACUUCCUAUUUUGCAGGUCCUAUCUAUAGAUUGGAAUCCAAUUAAGACUAUACAGAGAGGCCAGUUACAGUUUUUUAAACAGUUGAACAUUUUUAGUGCAAAUAACAAUCUGUACACAUGUUCCUGUUCAUUUGUUCAUGAAAUGAAUGAAAUAGCAAACUCUGGUCUGAAAAUUCAGAACUGGCCUGAUGGCUACACAUGUGAAUCUCCAGUUUUGCUUAGUGGGAAGUUGGUUAGUGAAGCAAACCUUUCAUUUUUUGAAUGCCAUAAAACUUUGCUAAUAGUGGUAAUAUCCUUUGUGAUAUUAUUAAUAUUUAUGGCUAUUAUAAUUUGCUUUGUGAAGAUUAAUCGUAGUACAAAAGCAAGAUCUCAAAAUAGACAUUCAGGAAAUCUAAACAGUGUGCACUUUCAUUCAUGAUGAAUUUUGGGAAAUUGUGAAGGACCGCUCAUAUUUUUUGACAAGCCAUAUUUUACUGCAUAGACUCAAAUUCUUUAUGUAAUAUAGCCGGAUUUAAUAAAAAGCAGAACUUUUUUUUAAUUUACCACCAUUGAAAUAAACAUGCCAGUAAUUUAUUAGCAAGUUGUCUUCUAACAGCAUGGAAUGUAUGCACAUACGGAAGCAUAUAAGCAGUUGCCUGGGUUCCGUGACCCUGCGCAACAUUUCCAAACGGCCACUUAUGGCAUUAAGCAAUGGCCAUAUAUUUCAAUAGUUUACAAAAUAAAAUUACUAAAUAAUAAUAAAAAAUAAUAAGAGUAUUUAAAGGAGAAGUUUUCUUGUUUUUCUAGAAUGCCACCUAAGAAUCUUACUGGUCAGACAGAAAUAGACCACUGACUGCAAAAUAUUAAAUAUUAAAAAUGUAUCAUGUAUCAGAUCUCAUACUGAAACAUUUUAACCCUAAAAAGAGAUUCACUGUUCAUGUAGCUUUCAUAGAGAGGAUUCUUGUUUUAAAUACCCUUCAAUAUGUUGCACCAGAGAGGUUUAACAAAUUCUUUAAAAAUAUUGAAUGGAAAAAAAGGUAAUGUUAGAAUGUUAGUUCUCAUUCAAAUUCAAAAAGCAAAGGAUGUUCUGGUUUCUGUGUUUGCUUAUAUAAAACAUAAACUUUUAAUUUCACAAGAAAUGAAAGUUCAGAUUUACACUGUUCAAUGACUAUAUCCAGAAAUUUCAUUGUCAGUUGAUUGAUUCCUGUAUCAGAAAAUAAGUAUGUAGACUUCAUUUUUAAUUUUAGCCUCAUAGAAUAAUACAUAAAAUAAUCAGUUUGUGCUGCUGCUAGCUUGUAACACUAGCACUAGAUACUACUUUAACUUUAUUUAAGUUUAAGCCGUUGUUUAGUUGCUCAUUUGCAGCUCUGAAGAUGCUUCCCAUGGGAAACAAAUAAUACUGUCAAAAUUCAGCCAAACUGAAUGAGUAUGGGAACUAAUCUUGGAAAUUUUUUUUUUUUUUUUUCAUGCCGAAUAUUUGAAAAGAUGUUUUUUUCUGCAUAUAUCUAGCAUAGACCAUCUUGUUUGUGUGUGGGGGAGGUGAGGCUUUUACAAAAAUGUCCAGAUUUCAAAAGUAUGAGCCGAUAAGUUUGAUACACAGGUGAUGUAAAUGUUCUUUUGUUGAGCACAGUUACUCAGUAAAUUAUUACCAUAUAUUCGGUUGUAUAUUUUAACCUCCAAAUAGAUAAAGCACUGCUUGUAUGGGUUAAGCUAUGGAGACGUUAUUGUAACAUUUAACAAGACAAAAAAUACAAAUGCAAGUAGGAGCCAUUUUGACAUAUACUGAGAAUAAAUUAAGAUGUAUAUAUGUUUAUAAUAAUUUACCUGAUCAAGAAUUUAGGAACUAUUUUAAUUUGGCAUUAAAUAUUAAUAUUUAAUAAUAAUUUUAUUGUCAUUAAUUGCUAAACAUCUCAACAGUAUUAUUUUAGAGUAUACUACAGAGAUUAUAUAAAAUUUUACUGGAGUGCAUUGCUAACAUUCUACUAUAUUUAUUGGAGGUAUUGCUGACGAUAAUAUUAUUAUUGUUAUUAAUUAUUAAUAUUCAUAAUCCAUAAAUUGUACUAAUAUUUAUUAGAAUACACUGCUGAGAUAUUCUAAUAAACAAAAUAACUAAUAUAAAUUGGAGGACAUUCCUGAGAUGUACUAAUAUAUAUAUAAAACAAAAAACAUGCAAAAGCCAAACAUAUUGAAAAAAACACAUUCAAAACCCAAAUCGAUAUAAUGGUUGUUGAAAUAGAAAAGUCCAAAAAUCUCACCAAAAAUGCUUGAAAUGUGUUUUCUGAUGAAUUUGAAUAGCAUUGCAGAGGUUCUCUCAAAGCAAAGUGUUGGUUUUGUGUAAUGUUAAGUCACUUGACAACCAGAAAAAAGGAUUUAGUACGGAUUGGAUUAACCUAGAGUUUGAAGAUUUUAGGAAAUUGGGGCCUUAUGACAGGCCAGCCUUUUGGGCAGGGCGAGAGGCACACCAGCUCUUUGGGGGGCUCGCAAUGCCAGCAGUGAGGUUAUGAGAUGGUGCAAUGUAUACAUUACAUUUAGUUUAUGAGAAGUGUUUAUGGCAUCAGGAUGUCUAAUAUUAUUUGUUAUUCUUUAUAAAGGUAUCAAUGAAUGUUGGGACAGGGGUGGGCCAUAAAAGGGGCAGGGUAUACAAGGGAGGAUAAUAAGGGCACUGGGCUGAUGGUCCCCACAAAUGUAUCCUGCUCAGGGCCCUGCAAAUGCUAAGGUUGGCCUUGCCUGAUGAUAAAAGAUUAUCCUGCUUGGAGAGAGAAAUUAUAGUGUAGACUUCCAAGGGGCUAAACCAAUGUUUUCCAACUCAUACCUCAGGACCCUUAACAAGCAAGCUAUUUAUUACAUCUUAACUAGAGCACAGGCAAAAUAAUUAGCUGAUGGAUUAGCUGAUUAUUUCACCUGUGCACUAGUAAAGAUAUAAUAAAUAUCUGGCCUGUUAAAGUUCCUGAGGACUGGGUUUGGGAAAUUCUGGGCUAAACUCACUGAAUGCUUUACAAAAAAAGGCAGAACCUGAAAGUCCCAGAGAGAUGAAAGAUGCCUCCCAUAAACCUCUCCACUCAGCUGAGAUGAUCUAAAAUGAUCCUCCAGCACUGUAAGAUCCCUCAGAAUAUUCUAGACAGGCACAUUUUGCUAUUCUUCUCUAAGGGGCAUACACUGCAUAACAAGUGAUUUUAAUCCUAAUCUGAUCUGAUCGGCAUGAUUGACGGGUGUGAGCAAGCAGUGGGCAGCAUCGCACAAGCAGCAUUUUGCACAAUGAUAAAAGCAGGCAGCAUGUGUUACCCUAAUGCUGGUGAGAGAUGGUUAUCACCAGUGUGAUUCUUUAUGGACGCAUAUGGGAACUCUUGAAAUCUAGGCUUUCCAGGUUGUAGCAGCCCUUUCGGAGAACUGUCCAAUUACCUGUAUAAUGCCCUGCAGCGGUGGUACUGCAAAGUGGGUCUUGUUCUGGACUAACCCCUGUUGGCGUGCAUAUGCAAGAGAACAUCUCUGGAGUAGCCGAAUGUCUAUGUAACUUCACUUUUGGAGGAGGCACAUAUGUUUUGAAAAGCGUACAUGUACCAGCUGUAAAUGCUGACAGCCUAUGAGAAACAACCUAUGUGAUUUGGACCAAUCACGGACGAGUGAGCAAAGAUCUACCACUCCAACACUCCACUUCACGCCAUCCGACUGGCACGGUCCGGGAGAGAGAAGGAAAAUGGUGUGUGGAUCGUUUGGUCUUUUAUACCUCCGGAUAAGCUUGCAAGCGAAAAUAACCUUCUUGUGACUGUGUGAGUAAUUUGACCUUGAGUGCAGCUUUGACUGCGGUCGCUCUCUGGUUUCAGAGGACUUUACGUACAAUUAUGACAGUGGGUAUCCGCUUUUUCUGUGAAGUUUAUCAUGCAUUCUCUUUCCUAUUUGUCCUAAUAGUGAUUUUAUUUUAUUGAAGCUCUAACCUGAUUGAAGUAACAAUUUUUGUAAUAAAUUGACAGUUAUAAAAUAUA